AUUCUGUACAAGCCGUUAUAUCGUAAUAAUGAAUUAUUUAACAAAUAUAUUAUUAGCGGUUGUUGUUUAUGGUGUUUGUGGGAUAUAUAUUGUUAAAGAUGAAUGCCCCACAAACGAAGAAUACCUUCUCUGCGGUUCAGCCUGUCCCUUCAACUGCACGGACCCUAAGGGCCCCGUGUCAUGUUUCGAUGAUUGUGUGGAAGGAUGUUUCUGCAAAGCUGGCUUUUUGAGACAUGAUAAUGGAACUUGUGUUAAUGCUGAUAUGUGUAUGAAUGGAAACAAGAUAACCUGCGGUGUUAACGAAGAGUUCCUGUCGUGUGGUUGUCAAGCCACUUGCGCAAACCCGGAGCCAGAGCACUGCGGGUGUAGUGUUGGCUGCUUCUGUAAGUCUGGCUUCGUGAGAGAUGAAGCUAAGAAUGCGUGUGUCAAAUUGGAUAAUUGUAGUGUUGAGCAAUGUUUCAACCAGAACGAAGUAUACGACAUUUGCCAAGCUGCAUGCGAACCAACCUGUGACGAUCCAGAACCAAUCUGCUCCAAAGUCUGCACCGCGGGCUGCGUGUGCGCACCCGGACUGUUUAGGGAUGGGAACGGCACGUGCAUCAGUGUCGAUAAGUGUCCCAUCACUAAUGCUACUAGUGCUGGGCCAUUGGGGAAAUAUAUCGAUGCUAUUGGACGGAUAUUGCAUUUGUCUGUUGUUUAAGUUAUUAUAUGUGUGAUUGUAGUAUAAGAGAUACAUAAAUUAUUGUACCUAGGUCAGUGUAGGUUUUAUUGAAGGUGUUAAAAUAAAACUAGUUAAUUUUUCUUUAAUUGACUUUCUAAAUAUGUAUCAAGAUAAUCUUAUUUCUAUGUAGUAACUGUACCUAUAUAAUAAUUGUU